AUGGAGAUUUAUGCAGACAUACCUCUCGAACUGAGAGGAUUUAACGAAACUAGUCUUGUGGACGAUGAUAACUUCGGACCUUUUUACAAGGUCCCAGGGAAAACAACAUUCGAUUUCACACUCCUCUUCGAAGAAACCAUUCUCUCUAUCAUACCUUCGGUUUUCUUGUUAAUUUUGAUACCACCGCGAAUUCAGCACCUAUGGGAAUCCCCACAAAAAGUAAUCAGAAGUCAUCUUCUCACCACCAAAAUCAUCCUCCUCUCCAUUUUCAGUAUCCUCCAAAUCGUGAACGUAAUCGCGAUUUCCCACUCCUCCUUUAAAACACGUGCCUCGCUACCCGCGGCUCUCCUCGCACUCAUCGCCUCUCUCGGUCUGUGCAUUCUAUCCUAUUUUGAACAUAGUAGAAAUAUUCGUCCCAGCUCGAUUAUUAACGCAUAUCUCUUUUUAACGUUACCGUUUGAUGCCGCAAAGUUGCGAACAAGGUGGCUUCGCGGAGAUAAUGUAGCGGGUAACGCGAUUUCGACGUCUAUCUUGGGAGUUAAACUCCUGCUUUUGAUUUUGGAAGCGAAGGGGAAAAGGAAGAUUCUUUUCCAGAGAUAUGAGUAUCUUUCGCCAGAAAGUACGAGUGGAUUGUUUGCGAGAAGCUUGUUUUGGUGGUUGAAUCCACUUUUUAGGUUGGGGUUUGAAGGAGUGGUUAGGGACGAGGAUUUAUUCGUGGCGGAUGGAGAGUUGUUGUCGGAUGCUUGUGAGGAUAGGUUGAGAAAAUAUUGGAGAAAACGUCUGAAAUCCACUUCUAGCACGAAAUAUCCUCAAAAUCACACUUUGAUGUGGGUAAUGCUACGAGCAAUGUUAGGACCACUUACUGCAUCCAUUCCACCACGUCUAGCAUUAACAUUCUUCCGCUUCAUGCAACCCUUCCUUAUCAACAAAAUUGUCUCUCUCGUUAGUAAUCCUGACUCUGAAACAUCCAGCAAUGGCUGGGGUCUAAUCGCCGCUUCCGGACUCAUAUACAUCGGUUUAGCCCUUACAGCAAGCGCAUCUCAACACAAAGCCAAUCGCAUGACAACCAUGGUACGAGGCGCUCUCAUCAGCGCCAUCUAUUCUCACACCCUCGAACUCUCGCUACCAAAUCUCGACCAAUCCGCAGCAGUGACUCUCAUGUCUUCAGAUGUCGAACGUAUCUGUGUCGCUUUACAACCAAUCCAUAAUCUCUGGGCUAGUCCCCUCGAGAUCGCACUAGCGAUAUGGUUACUACAGAGAGAGAUUGGCAUUGCGCUUUUAGGUCCAUUGUUCGUAACAAUCAUAGCGGUUUCAGGCCCGUUUUUCAUGGCUAAAUAUAUGGGCGCUGCGCAGAAGCUUUGGAUGGAUAGAAUUCAGAUGAGAAUCGAUAUGUCGAUGAAAAUGCUGCAAUCCAUAAAGGGAGUUAAGAUGUUAGGUCUUAGCGAGAAAAUAUCGAGUAAGAUUUCUCAACUUAGAGAAAAGGAGAUCAGGAAUUCUCUGAAGAUGAGGGGGCUGUUUGUGGUUAUGAUUGCUUUCGGGAAUAUGUCUGAUAUUUUCGCACCCGGUGCGGCGUUUAUCAUAUACGUUAUCGCGGCUUCGGUGAAUGGGAAAGCUUUGGAUGUUUCAUCAGCAUUUACUGCUUUGUCGCUUAUUGCAUUGCUGGUUGCGCCCAUUCGAGCGAUCGUGUUUGCGGUUCCGCCACUUAUUGCUGCGGUGGGAUGCUUAGAUCGUAUUGAGAGCUUCCUUACUUCGGCUGCGAAGAGGGAUCAUCGUCUUGUAUUGCCGCAAGCGCAAGGCUUAUCAAGUGGUCGUUUCAGGCUUGGGAUAUUGUCUAGGAAUGUAUCUGCGGGUUCUGAGAUUGAGCUUGAGAAUCUGACAGUACGAGAAGAUGGUUCUGAAUCAUCGGCAACGAUUGCUGUGAAGAAUCUAUCUCUCGCUUGGUCAACUGAGUCCCCUGCAGUAAUUACCGAUGUGUCAUUCUCCGUUCUACCCGCCACUCUGACAAUGAUCAUCGGACCAAUUGGCAGCGGGAAAUCUAGUCUUCUAAAGGGUCUUUUAGGGGAAAUUCCUUUCACAAAAGGAAACAUAUAUAGCAACCACUCUCAAGUUGCAUUUGUGGAUCAAACCUCUUGGAUUCAAAAUUGUAGUAUUAGAGAUAAUAUCAUUGGCACUAGCGACUAUGAAUCUGCAUGGUAUCAAAGAGUCAUGCAUGUUUGUGCUUUAGAGAAUGAUAUUGAAGGAAUGGCAGAGGGGGAUAAUACUAUUGCGGGAUCUGGAGGAGCUGCGCUUUCGGGAGGUCAGAAGUUGAGGAUUGCACUUGCUCGAGCAGUUUACUCCCGUCAUAAAAUCUUGAUGUUGGAUGAUGUAUUCAGUGGUCUGGAUAUCGUUAGUGAAGAACAGAUUUUUACUCGCUUACUCGGUAGACACGGAUUACUUCGUCAAUUGAGUAUUACGACUAUACUAGCUACUCAUGCGGCACAUCGUUUAUCAUAUGCGGAUCAUAUCAUCGCUCUGAGUAUUCAUGGUACAGUCGCCGAACAAGGAACGUUUUAUGAUCUAACUAGGAAGAAUGGAUAUGUGUCUAGUCUUGCAAUGAACCAGGUAGAGACAGACACGUCUAAGGAGUCUGAAUCUGUGGAUAUGAAAGAUAAUGAUGACACAGCGAGACAAAUUGCGAGUGCAGAUCUCGAGCGUCCGAUUGGGAAUUGGGCGACUUAUCGAUAUUAUUUUGAGAGUUUAGGAUGGUGGAAUAUGGGAAUGUGGAUGGGGAUAAUGGUCUUUUAUUCUUUACUCUUGCAGUUUCCUAAACUCUGGAUUAAAUUCUGGACAAGUGCUAUUACCAUUCAUGGAAAUUCAAUUAAUGGUUUCUAUCUCGGUAUACUUAUAGCUGUCGAAGUAACCUCCAUGUUUCUGCUCAUGAUCCUCACCAGUACACUUCUCCUGAAAAUGAUACCCCGAUCUGCCGCCAUCUUACACACCGCACUUCUCACCACCAUCUCCAACGCUCCUCUCUACUUCCUCACGAAAACAGACACGGGAUCAAUUAUCAACCGCUUGAGUCAUGACCUCUCGGUCCUCGACUCCGAACUCCCCAUCGCGUUUCUAAUCGUCAUUAACAACAUUUUCACAUCCCUCAUUCAAGCUCUCCUCAUCUGUAUCUCUGCCUCCUAUUUCUCUCUCGCACUCCCUUUUAUCCUCCUCCUUGUCUACCUCCUCCAAAAAUAUUAUCUCCGUACCUCUCGACAAAUCCGCCUCAUGGAUCUCUCAUCCAAAGCACCCCUUCACACACAUUUCCUCGAAACUCUCAGUGGACUCCUCACCAUUCGCGCAUUCGGUUUCCACACCGUCAUGCAAAAACGCCAUACAAAGCUCCUAGACAAUUCCCAAAAACCCUUUUAUUUACUCUACUGCAUCCAAGUAUGGUUGAUGCUUGUCAUCGAUCUUUUAGUUGCCACAUUAGCGAUUCUGCUCGUCGCGCUAGUGGUGAAAUUGAGAUAUACCGCUGAUGCGGGAUUAGUAGGUUUGGCGUUGGUGAAUAUUAUGGGAUUUAAUACUACGCUUUCGGCGGUUAUUAUUCAUUGGACGGCGACGGAAACGAGUGUGGGGGCGGUUGAGAGGAUCAGAUCGUUUGUGCGUGAGACUCCGGAUGAGAAUCGAAAAGAAGAUGAGGAUAUUGGAGAGGGAGAAAGAGAUGGAGAGAUAGAGGUGCCGGAAGAUUGGCCCAGUAGAGGUGCAAUUCGAAUUGAAAAUAUAACAGCAUCGUAUUCCAAAGAUCAAGAACCAUGUUUGCGAAACAUCAAUCUUGAUAUUCCCGCAGGUCAAAAGAUCAGUAUAUGCGGUGCUUCUGGCGCGGGAAAAUCAUCUUUCGUCGCGCUUCUUUUGCAUAUGCUGGAAGUACAGCAGGGAUCAAUAACGAUCGAUGGAAUUGACAUUCUCAAGAUUCCGCGACAGAUUCUGCGAGAACGUAUGAUUGUUAUACCCCAAGAUCCAGUCUUUAUCAAUGGUUCGCUUCGCCAGAAUCUCGAUCCCUUUUCUCUGCAACAGGAUGAUGUGGAAGUUAUAGGUGUUUUAGAGAAAUUGGGACUUGUUCUCCCGGGUGUGAUUGACAUCGAGGGACUUUCUGAUAGCUUUGAUUCGAAUAUUUUAUCGCAUGGGCAGCGACAACUCUUUUGUCUGGCGCGCGCGGUGCUUAGGUAUAGAUGGAUAGAGAGGGUGAAGAAAAGGUGUCCGAUUGUGGUUAUGGAUGAGGUGAGUGCGAGUGUGGAUGUGGAGACGGAGGGGGCGAUGAAGAGGGUUGUAGCGGAGGAGUUUGAAAGGGCGACGGUGCUGGGGGUUGCGCAUAGGGAGGGGAUGAUUGGGGGGUGCGAGAGAAUGAUGGUUUUUGCGGAGGGGAGAGUGUUGGAAGAUGGGGAGUAA